CACACACACACACACGCACACACACACAUAUGUUUGUUUCUCUAUCUUUGCAGAAAUUUUCCAUUGACUUCCAUUCAUUUCUACAGCAUAAUCCUGGUCCUGACACUGAUCAUUACCAGUACAUGCUUAACCCUAAGCCUAACCAAAUAUCAUUUCACACUUUAGUCCUAACCCUAACCCAAAAAACAGAAUUUCCCCUCAAUCUAAUAUGUGUUAGGAAAAUAGUCCCUGCAAUGUAUUAAAUAAAUAAUACACACAAACAAACUGUUGAAAUGGUGACAAGUGUUUUGGAGAUAUAGAUUUAAAACAAUGCCAGUUAACUGUGUUUACAAGAUGGAUGCACUUUUUACAUAUCCUGUGUGUGGGUGUGUGUGUGUGUGUGUGUGGGUGUGUGUGUGUGUGUGUGUGUGUCUCAGUGAACUGAGUAGGAUGGAAGGUCUUCCACUGAAGAUGCCCCAGGCCAUCGUCUUACAAGAAGUCAAAGAUAAUGUCAAAGUGAUAAUGCCUGAUUACCUCAGCAUAUUACGGGAAACAGCGUACGAGUUCAGCUUGGAGAACUGGGUGUUAACUGGCUUACAGAACGGCCCCACCCACCAUCAGCGGCCUCAGCCAUUCACCUCUCCCUCCGAACUUUUACCAUCUUGUCCUCCGUACUGGAUGAUGUUCAGCAGCCCACAGCAGAGUCGUCUGGCCAGCCGCCACAGUUCUGACUUUUGGGAACCAAACCCUCGACAACGCUCCUAUAGCCUCAACCCUGCUGUACUUCGCACCACCUUCACCAUCUCAGACUCGGAGGAUGAAGGAGGAAAUACUGUGCAGGAAGCCAAGGAAAACCUGACAGCUAAAGCUUGUUUGAAGGAAGAGCACCCAGCUGCUUCAUGUCAGAGCGGUCAAAAAAAAGCACAGAGAGCCUUCAUCCCAGACCUGCUGAAUCCUCCGUCCUGCCUGAGCAGCCUCCCCCACAAGCGCAGGAAGAACCUCCGGCAGUGUUCUGUCUCUGGGACAGACAUGUCCAAAAAACAAGAGUCCAACAUGGACAGUCAGCCUUUGAGCUCAUUCUCAUGCAAAGCUCUCAACACCAGGACCUAUACCAUCGACAAAUCCACUGACAACCAUAAAACAGCAGAUAUGAUGUGUCUCAGACCAAACUGCUGCAGAGCUCACCACAGAGCCUCGCCAUGCAGGAGCCAGAGCUCUGCUCUGGACUCGUCUGUGGAGCUCCUGUCAGCUCUGAGCCCAGAAGAGAGAGAGCUGCUCAGGGUCAUCACUGGCCGGGGAUACCCCCUCCGCACUGCCAUCAUUGCCCUGCAGAGGGCAGGACAACAGACCCCAGAUCAGAUCCUGAGUUACCUGGUUGCGUGUGAGCACCUGUGUCAGCUGGGCUAUGACAUGGCUCAGGUGGAAGAAGCCCUGGAGAUGUUUCAGAACUGUGAAACAAAGGCAGAGGAGUUCCUCCUCCUCCUGACUCAGUUCAAUGAGAUGGGCUUCCAGCCACACACUGUCAAAGAAGUGCUGCUUGUCCAUGAGAAUCACAGAGAGCGGGCGCUUGAGGAGCUGAUGAUGCGUGUGGCGUGACGGCACGGCUACAUGCAGCUCGGUUCAAACUGGAGAGUGGGUUUUAGGCAGUGGGUUUUGGUUGUAUUCAGUAAUGCUGUAUUCAUAAUUUUCAUAUUAUGUUUUUGUACUAAAGCACUCCAGUUAAACUCUCAGCAUAUGUCAUAGUGAGUUUUAGGACAGUUCUAUUUUUGUCGUAGUUAGUUUAGGAAGCAUAAAAACAAAACCAUGAAUUAUUGCGUUGUAUCUAAAAGCAAAGAAGGUUCAGGUGUCAUUUUAUUUAUUUCCAUUUAGCUCUCCUGUUUGUGUUUGACAAGACGUUGAUGUUAAUUCUUUUUCAUGUUUUUCUUUUUUAUUUAAUGAAAGGGUCUUUUGCAACAUUUCACUUUAUAUAAAAGUCAUAGACUUAAAUCAUGUGAGUUGUAUUAUUUUAGGAUUUUUAGACUUUAAACAAUGACCAAGGAGUUAUUGGCUAUAGGACGUAUUUAACUGAGCAAGCAUCAGUUCAUACCUGCUGAUACAUAUAGGAUUAUAUUAUUUACUGUAAUUUGCAUUAGCAAAUAGGGCACCAAAGCUGACUGCCCCCCAGGGCCCACACCCUUUUAAAUCCAGCCAUGGUCAUUAAUGACUUUCCACAUCUUUCCACAUCACACAUUGCAGAAAAUACAAACUCCAUCAGCUCAAGAGUCAGUACAUAUGAAUGAUCUAGUUUAUACCAACCUUUAAAAUUAUUAUUAUAGAUUAAUUAUUAUCACUACAGCAAUGAAGGGGUGCAAAAAGAAAGCUGCUUAAAUAUUUGUUCAGUCUUUUUCUCUUUGGUUUGCUGUGAUCAGUUGCUCUCCAAGCUGUCUGCAGAAUGUAGGCUAAGACUGUUUUGUCAUUUCUUUGAGCACUGAACCAUUGCCACACAGCACCAAGAAAGCACCCAGGGUCAACUUUUCCAUUUUUACUUCUUUGUGUAAUAUAUAACAGUGCAGAACCUGUUCCACAUUUAGAUCUGAAUCAUUUUUUAACCUGAUAAAUACCAGAUAUCUGUCAUAUGCUCUGACAUGGAAAAUCCAAACAUUGAAGCAGGGUGUACUUUCUUUUUAUCAAGGCUGUCUGUGCUGGAUGGUGUGCUCACAGAGUGUAAAUUCCCAAUUGCUCUAAAUGCUUUCAUCUUUACUGUAAUUUAGAAUCACAACAAAAGCAUGUUCCAAUAUAAAAAACUGCAUCUUCUGAUUAAAUUUAAUGACUUCUUUAUUUUCA